UGAACCCCACUUGUCAGCUCGGGGCCUUCCGCAACCUUCGCAGCUCUGCUCCGCGCACCCCCCGAUCGGGCCCACGCGCCAUCGUCUCCCCCAAUUCCUUCUCCCUCCUCCUCGGCGAUGGUUUGAUCGGAUCCACCAGCCCGAUCCGGCCCAGAUCUGGUGCCGCCAUGGCCGACCACUCCGACUCCGAUUCCUCCCCCAAGUCCUCUUCCUCCUCGUCCUCCGCCCGCCGACGCUCCCCGCCGCGCGUCCGGGCACACUCCGACGAGGGCGGCAGCAGCGACGGCGUCCUCGUCGAGCUCCCCUCGCAGGAUGCGCGGAGCCCCGGGGCAGACCCAGACGCCGGUAUCUUCGUCAGCAUGCCCGCCGACGAUGCCACCAGCGGCGAGACCUUCGAGGAUGCCCCUGACGACCUCGCAACCGCUCGCUCGCUCGAUGAAUCCAUCGCAGUCAUCGACUUCCCGGACGAGUCUAGCGCCGCUGCCGAGUGCCGCAAGUACAAGGAAGAGAGAGAUGUGUGUGCACGGGAGGCAGCGACGCUACGGAGAAUGCUACAGGAGCUGGUGGGGCGGGAAGUGUCAAGUUCGUUGCAUGCAGAUGAUCCUGAUGAGAGGGCACCACUGCACUUGAUGCUGGAUGAUUGCUCCAGACUUGUGCUUGAACUGAAUUCAAUGGUGCGUUCCAGGGAGGAGGAGGUUGACAGCUUACGUGCCAGGGCUGCUGAGGUUCAAGUGUCAAAAGAGGUUGUGGAUGCAUACCUUGGUUCGUGGAGGCAAGUUUCAGAACUAACAAUUGGGCGAAUGGUUGCAUCGCUCGAUGCCGUGGUUGGGAAAGAUGCCCUCAGUUUUGAGGGUGCUGAUCAAGACGGGAUAUCUGCUGUUGAAAGGAAGACUUCGUUGCUAACAGAGCGGUACAGGCAAGCUUUAUUGGGCAUUGAACAACUCGAGCAAGUGUUGGCAGAGGUUAAGCCUGGUUUUGUGGCCACGGGUCAAUGCGAUCACGCCACUCUUUUCGGUAAUGUUUCAGAGGAAUUGGUCAGUAGCAAGAGAAACGAAGCAAAUUUCAUACAAAAGUUGAAAACUUCCAUGGAAGAAAACAAAAUCCUUACCGAAGAGCUUGAGAAAACGAAAGCUGCUCGAGAGGUAGCAAUUGCUGAAGCAGGCAAAACAAAGGCAGAAAUUGAGCAGAUGGAGCAUAAAUUAUCAGCUACUAAAGAGAAGCUCACCAUGGCUGUCACAAAGGGCAAGUCGUUGGUGCAGCAUCGUGAUUCCUUAAAGCAGACACUGGCUGAAAAAACAGGUGAGCUGGAGAGGUGCAUGGUGGAAUUGCAACAGAGGUCUGAUUCCUUGCAAGAAUCUGAGGGCAGGAUUGAGGAGCUUAAGAUGUUGCUAGAUGAAAAGUCAGUGGAACAUGAGAAAUGUUUGGACGAGCUUAGAGAAACAUACAACGCAUGGGAAGCUGCUAAGGCAAGCAUUGAGCAAUUAAAUGACGCAAACACCGCACUUACAAUAAGUGAUGGGGUUCUUCAACGCAUCGGAGAGGUUAUGUCAGAGGCAACAUUUCCAGAGGAUCUGCUUUCCUUGGAGAUGAUUGACAGAUUGGAAUGGUUGGUUGAACAAAAGAAAAUUGCUGACAUGGUCUUCUUGGAGCACAGGAAAGUUAAAGAUAUUCUAGGCUCGGUUGACUUUCCACACUCAGUCUUAACUGGUGAACUUGAUUCACAAAUCACUUGGCUAGUCAACUCACUGGGCCAGGCCAAAGAUGAUGCGGUGCGGAUGCGGAAUGAGUCUUCUGAAGCUCUUCAUAGGCUGUCUGCACAUGAAUCAAAACUGGUCUCAAUGCAUGAGGAAAUUGACCGUUUAACCAUAGUUCUAUUGGAAGAGAAGCAGGAAAAGGACAUACUUGCAAAUGAACAAUCUGAAUUAAUGUCCCUAUACAAUGCUGCUGUUGAUAAAUUAUCUGUUAUCUCAUCGCAGAAUACUGAGCUUGUAAAGGCAUUUGCAGAGGGUUCUGAUGUCAAAUGGGAGGACAAUGAGCCCCUGGAGACUACCAAAUUGGUGGAGCAGUGCCUAAGCAGCAUCCAGCGAAGAGCAAAAUCCUCUCCUGUUGUGUGUGAAAGUGUAGAGAAGUUACAAGCACUAGUGUAUACCCUACAUCAGGAAUUAACACUUUGUAAAUUAAUUCUUGAAGAAGACAUGACUGAUAGAUCUGAGAGAAUGAGACUAUCAGGUGAACUACAAAAAAUGACAGAGGCGGUUUAUGUUUUGAAAAAUGGAAAGGACUCGUUACAGAAAGAGUUUGAAAAGGUGGAGGAAAAAUCAUCGUUGCUUAGAGAGAAGCUGUCAAUGGCUGUGAAAAAGGGGAAAGGUUUGGUACAAGAGCGUGAAGGACUCAAGCGAGUCCUCGAUGAGAAGAACUCUGAGAUAGAGAAGCUAAAACAUGCUAUUGAUGAAAAGAUCUCUGAAACAGAGAAUGUAAAACAUGCUUUGGAUAGGAAUAGCUCUGAGAUAGAGAAGCUGAAACAUGCUUUGGAUGAAAAGAACUCUGAGCUAGAAGAGCUCAGACAUGCUCUGGAUGAGUAUAACUCUGAAACAGAGAAUCUAAAACAAGCUCUGGAUGAGAAUAACUCUAUAUCAGAUAAGCUAAAACGAGAUCUGAAAGCAAGGAACACAGAAAUGGAGAAUCUGAAAUAUGAGAUAGUGUCAAGGGAAUCUGCAAAUACUGAUCUCAGAGAACAAGUCGAGAGUCUAUCUUCUCAGGUUACACAUUUUGAUAAGCUGCAGUUGGACAUUAUUUCCCUUAGUGAGGAAAAGGGUAAAGUAGAUAACAUGUUCGAAGAAGCUAAAGUUUCCUUGGACAUUCUAGUUGAUUCAGUAUCAAGCAUGGCUAUUCCUGUCGAUCACCCCUCUGAGGACCCUGUGAAAAAAGUAAGCCAGAUCGCCCAAUUCAUAAUGGAAUCACAAGCUGCUAAGAAUCAUCUGGAGAAUGAGCUACAGAGAGCACAUGAGCAAGUUACUUUGCAGGCUGGCAGGCUUUCUGAUUCCUAUUCUUCUAUAAAGAUAUUAGAAGAUGAGUUGAGUAAAUUAAAGGAAUAUGUUUCUUCUACUUCUGAAGAGAAAUACCAAAUACAAUUGCGUACUGCUGCUGUAGAGGAGGAUUUGGAGAAAACAAAAGAAGAACUGGCUCAUAAUGCCAACAAACUAGAAGAUGCCAAUGCAACUAUUAACUCACUGCAAGAUGCAUUAUCACAGGCUAGAACAGAUGUUGCUAGUCUUAGUGCUGAAAAGAAUGAAGCUGGAGCCAAACAUGAAAUGGAAACUAGUGCUCUUAAUGCUAAACUAGCCAAAUGUUUGGAAGAGUUGGAUAAAAGUCAUGUAAACUUACAAAGUCAUUCAACCGAACAUCAUGGUUACCUUGAGAAACUUAGCACACUUGUAAUGGAUGAUAGUAUGGUAUCAUUGAUGGCUGAAGAAUUUGGAAAAAAGGUCAGCAGCUUGAGAGAUAUGAGCCUUAUAGUGAAGGGUAUGCAUGAACACCUCGCUGCAAUGGGGUUCCAGAUUGAUCCAAUUAUGGAGGAUUCAGAGUUUGGCAAGCUUUUCUCUCUUUCGGACUACAAUAGCUUUGUUACCGAAAGAAUGCUUGACAGAAGAAGUAGAAAAGAGAAUAUUGAUGGUGAUUCAUCCUUGAAUACUAUUGUUGAACAAUGCAGCAAGCAAGCUGGAUAUCUCUCUGGAUUUUUUGAAGAUCUAUCAGGUUACAUGAGUGACAAUAUUAUAUUGCUGCUCCGUGCUUUGCAAUUAGCAAGCAGCAACUUUUCUCGUACUUUAGAACAGCAUGACUCCUUGAAGAUUGAACUGGAGAACAAGGACGCUCAGAACAGAGCUCAAGAAGAUGAAUUGCUUUCGCUGCAAAAAGAGCUCAGUGCAAUGUCAUCAAAAUGUAUUUAUUGCACUGAACAGAUGCAAAUUAUUUUUGAUGGCGUGCUUGAUUUAGGUUACGCAAUAGACUUGGCAACAGGCAGCUCCAGCGUUCCAUCAAAAGUAGGACAAACUUUGUCUGUUUUGAAGGACGAGGAGCCUGGUGAUUGUAUAAAGGUGGUGGACACUUUAGUAUCUUCCGUGAACAAACUGAAGUCGGAGUCUCAUAGGUUAUCUGAUAUUAAGGGGUUAGUGAUAACUUUGUUAGAUGAGUUGAAAAUGAGACUGAAACAAGCCGAGUCAGCUGCUGAAACUGCUUCAAAUGACCACCAGCUCUAUGUGGAAAGAGUAUGCAAACUGGAGGAAGAUCUCAGAACUUUAUAUGAUGAGCGCAAUGGAAUGGAAAUAAGGAUUCAGGAAUACCAGGAAAGAGAGGAUGUGUUGAAGGCAAGAGAGUUAGAGUUGCUGUCACUUGAACACUCUCAAACUACAGUAGACAGAGGUAUAACUGAUGCAAUUUCAAAGGAUCAACUGGAAGCACUUGUUGAAAAAGUAAAUAAACUAAGUAUACCAUCAGGCGAGCCGCAUUUGCAGAGUGAAGUGGCUAUGUUCUCUAGUCCCAUGGGCAAACUCUUCUUUGUUAUUGAUGAAUUUGAUGCAUUCCAACGCGAGGCAGAGAACUUAAGAUAUGAAAAUGAAGAUUUACAGUUAACUCUUGAAUCUCAUGCUCGUGAAAUUGAACAGCUCAAGGAGGUUUGCAGAAACACUGAUUCAAAUCGUAGGGAGUUGGAAUCAAAAAGCAGUGAACUGCUUGAGGUUACAGUCAGUAUGGAGCGAAUGAUUCAGCGGUUUGGAUAUCUUGCUGGAAAAGAUGCGCUGGAAGAUAACAAACCUGCAAGCACACAAACACUCUUACCAAAGCUGGAAAAACUAAUAAUCGCUUCAACUAUGGAAUCUGGGAAUGCCAAGUCUGUAAAACAGGAACUGGGAUCGAAGUUGCAGGCGAGGGAAAAGACAGUUGAUGAGUUAUCAGCAAAAGUUAAGAUGCUUGAGGACUUGUAUCAUUCUCAGCUUGUGCAGCCAGAGGUUAGUAAAGACAGAGCAUUUGACGCAUCUUCCUCAGCAAUUGGUUCAGACAUAUCCGAGAUUGAAGAUUUGGGGCCAAUGGGGAAGACAUCGCUUUCAUCUGUCCCUACUGCUGCACAUGCUAGAGUAAUGCGGAAGGGGUCAUCCGACCAUCUUGUUCUUAAUAUCGGCUCAGAGUCUGAACGACUAAUUGCUGCCCAUGAUUCGGAUGACAAAGGGCGUAUUAAGUCAUUGCAUACAUCUGGCUUGAUUCCGGCACAAGGAAAGCACAUUGCUGACAGAGUUGAUGGCAUCUGGGUCUCAGGGAGCCAAAUUCUGAUGAACCGGCCGCGAGCAAGGCUAGGAGUCUUGGCGUAUUGGCUCUUCCUGCACCUAUGGUUGGUAGGCAGCAUCUUGUGACACUGCUUGUCAAUAACCAACCCCCUCAUAGCAUAACUGUACAAUAGCGCGGAUCCAUAGUUUUACCUUUUCUCUCUUCUUCGCUUUUAUAUACUAUAGAAAUGUCAUUCUUUUCAUCUCCUGCUCCCUAUUCAAAUUUGUACUUGUGCUGAAUUCCGCGAGCAGGAUGUAAUAUGUGCAGAAGAUCAAAAUACCAUUCUUUGUUACGCUGGAGAAGUGAAUGUUUGGACGAGA